AACAACAAACAGCUGGAGCUUUGGUUUGCCUUAACAACGCGCUGCAGAUUUAUCGACUAGGUAACUCCUUCUAUCUGUGUAUCUUCAGGAUCACCGUAAACGGAAUGGCCACAGACUGGUUGGGUAGUGUUGUUUCCAUAAACUGUGGGCUGACGUUAGGAGUUUAUCAAGGAGAGGUAUCAUCUGUUGAUCAUGCCAGCCAGACCAUUUCACUGAGACAGCCCUAUCACAACGGCACCAGAUGUCCUGUUCCUGAGGUCACUUUCAGUGCUACGGAUAUCAAGGAGUUGAAGUUCCUAGAUAUCCAGAAUACAACCAACAAGCCCAGCACUGACCGAAGAGCUGCAGCAGAACCCAGCUUCAUGCCUUCAGUACACCAUGGUCACAGCCACAGAGUAGCUCAGCCUCAUGUAACAAGCAGCAGCUCUCAUUCCAGCAAUGCUCCAAUCACCAUCCUGCGCAGAGCCCCUACAGGUUCAUCUAACAGCAGAGGGGCGACACAGGCCAUACCAAAGAAACCCAGUGUGAGGAAUGGAGGCGCUGGAGGGUCGAUGAGGCCAAAGGACGACGAGUGCUUCAGAGACGGAACCGAUGAGGACCUGGACGCUGACUUUGACUUUGAGGGAAACCUGGCUCUGUUUGACAAGGCUGCUGUCUUCUCCCAGAUCGAUGGGACAAACCGCCACGGAAACAGAGCACAGCAUCACAGCAUGCCGGGCGACCAGAAGCCCCUGUCCUAUCGCCACGAUGAGAAUAUUCUGGAGGGGAAGCCCGUCAUAUACAGACAGAUAACUGUGCCCCAGCAUGGGGGCAAAGAGUACUGUACCGAUUCAGGCCUGGUGGUUCCCAGUGUGCCCUAUGAGCUUCAUAAGCGUCUGCUAGCAGCUGCAGAGCGCUGGGGCCUGUCUUUUGAGCGCAGGCUGGAGACGGUCGGUGUUUGCUCCAGUCAGAUGGCUCUCACUCUGCUGGGCGGACCAAACAGGCUCACCCCAAAAAAUGUCCACCAGAGGCCCACUGUUGUACUUCUGUGUGGGCCACACAUCCAGGGAGCCCAGGGCAUCAGCUGUGGUAGACAUUUAGCCAACCAUGAAGUGGAGGUCAUCCUGUUCCUGCCCAACUUUCUCAAAAUGCACGAGUCAGUCACCAGUGAGGUCACCCUCUACAGCAGGAGCAGCGGCAAGCAGGUGGCCAGCAUCAAAGACCUGCCAGCAAGCCCCGUCGAUUUGGUCAUCAACUGCCUGGACUGCCACGAGAACGGACUGCUGAGAGAGCAGUCCUGGUACAAAUCAGCCGCUGACUGGGCCAACCAGAACCGGGCCCCAGUCCUGAGCAUCGAUCCCGCGGUCAGCGAGCAGCAUCAGACUGUCGAAGCGAAGUGGACCCUCUCUUUGGGCCUUCCACUACCUUUAGCUGAGGCGGAGAGCAGGGUCUAUCUCUGUGACAUUGGAAUCCCUAAGUCGGUUUUCCAGGAAGUUGGAAUCCACUACCACUCACCCUUUGGAUGUAAAUUUGUCAUUCCUUUGCACUCAGCAUAACAGAAUGUCAACUGACGCUUAGUUACAAAUGGACAGUAGGAGGGAAUGUGGCAAAGCUGAAGAGUAACCAUAUGACCAAACCAGUAUUUCGUUACAAACUUCUUGACACGUCUGAAAGCAUAUGGUGUAGGUUUUUCCUCUAACCCGCUGGAAACUCCCGCGGCUGCUGCGUGUUGCGUGCGACACCUCUUGUUUUUGAGAGGGAAAGGUUUCCUGUUCUUUGGUGUGUUUUGAUAAGGGCUCUGCGACGAUGUGAACAUGUUUACAAAAUGCUGACCACUGUGAGUCUAUCUGUAACCUCUGACCCUGUGACCAGUCAGAGCAGCAGACACAGUUCCUGUUUCCUCCUUUAGAUUGCAUGUGGAGUCUGAUCCUGGCCCUGUGACCCAGAGCACAGCGCAGCCUUAAGCUGUCUGCCAACCCAAAUCUGCCGUUCAUCUGUGCCACAGUGGAUGUCCAUGUCUGUUGUCUUUGAAUUUAAUGCAGAGUUGUUGUUUUUUACUCACUUAAAUGGAUGUAAUUUGUCCUGUAAUGGUGGUAGCAUGAUCCACUGAAAAGGUGACAUUACACAGAAUCUAUAUUUGUAUUUAUUUGUAUACAUCUCAGGAAAACCGUUACAUUUGCAUUACAUUUGAUAGCACUCUUUCUGCUCUGUUUGGUGUCUUGAGUUUAUAUAAAAGUGGUAGCAGACACAGCAGAUUAGACAGGAAUCUGAAGCACACAUUCCAAGGACCAAAAACAUCCUGGACCAUGUUCAUCAAUAGGGAUUAUAGGUAGUGACUGUCGGUGUGGUGAGACACUUUCCAUUUAGACACAUCAGAUUCAGCCACCUUCAGUGAAAUAACCACUCCAACCAAUUUCCUCUUUAUGGUCAGAAUUAUGACUUUCUGUUAAAACGUCAGAUCAGCAAAAUGUCAAUGUUACAAGAACAAAGGAAACAGCCUUAUUUUUAGACUGGCAGCUAUGUGCUCUUGAAAUUAGUAGUAGAGUAGAGUUCUGAAGUCCUUGAACUUCUCAUGAACUUCUUUUCCAACUGCAAAAAAUACAGUACUUGAAAAACCGGAGGGUCAAAGAACUGGAGUCAUAAGUUAUAAAUGACAGAUUGCCGGGCUUUGCAGGGUUCUCAGUUAAUAAUUCCUACAUAUUGGAUUUUUUGAAUCCUGUAUCGUACUUCACCAAACAGCAGCCUCUCCACACAUUUCUAAUUCCUGAUGUGAGAUGGAGGGGUGAUCAGUUUUGGUUAAAACAAUGAUGUGACCGUUCUGCCAAAAAUAGUGAGAAAGAAUCAAGGAAUUGGUGGCGAACGAGAGAGUUAUUCAGUCUGCAGCGCCUCAAGAAAUCAAAUAAUUGUGCUUUAUCUCCUGAGAGCGUGCCCGAACCAGAAAGCAGUAGCUGCUCAGAUCCAGGUGUGCAAAGCUGGUAGAGGGGGGCAGAGUAAAAACAGCUUCAUGUGUUGCUGUUUCUGUAAAGUUCUAAAUAAGAGAUCUGAAUAUUAAUGCAAACGAAAUAGCCUCCACUCAAACAAAGGCAGUGUAAGACUGACUUUCUCAGAACCACCAUUCUUUUUCUUCUCCACUGUAGCAAAGACUAAACUAAAAACACUUGAAAUCUGAUCAUGACUGUGAUUCACAAAUCAUGUUUAAAAACAGUCCUUGCAAGUUUGAUUGAGGAAAAGUCUGGUUUGGUGAUGGGUUUGUACCUCACAGGUUGCAGGAGUGUGGUCAACUCUGGAAAAUCUUAAGAAUAUUUUAUACCUGAGGUUUUGAUUCAUAUAUUGCCAACCUGCUUGGUUUUUGCUGAGAAAGCUGCUCAUGUGAGCACAAAUUAGCUUUUGUAAGCCUGUUGAAGAUGGCUGGAAAACAUGAUCUGUAACAUUGUUUUUGAAUGUGACUCAGGUAUACAUGCAAAGCUCCAGGCAAAGCAUUUGAAGCUCCUGUAUAUGUAAAUGAAAUAAAAUGAUAU